UUUUGACGUUAACCUGGAAUGUUCACUUUCAGUGAGCAAGCAUGUCGCAUUCGUCACUUGUCAAAGCUCUCCGUAGAUUUGCACAUCCAUCUGAACCUCGCCCACCCCACCAGCACGACGUAUUGAGCAGUUCGCCGACCACAUCUCGAUGCACAUCGCCCCCAUAAUUACCACCGCCACGCUCAUGAGGUGACACCAGCAGCUCAUUCCCCACCGCAGCCAUGUCUGGACGAGGCGGACGAGGAGGGCGAGGCGGGCGAGGCCGCGGCGGGCGCGGUCCGCCAACAAACGGCAGGAGGAGCGUCGCCCAGAACAGCGUGCCCUGGACCAUGGACUCCGAUAUCGUGCUAGAUGGCAAGCCCUCCGAGCUCUUCCCUCCGUACGACGUGCCAAAAGCGCCGGCCCUCACCAAGAAGGAAGAAAAGCAGGUGUCCUACUUCCUCCUCUUCCGCGAGCAGUGCCAGGACAGCCCCCUGUACACGCAAGCCCCCGCCCGGACGCAGCCGUUGGGCACGCGACGCACGUACGGCCAGGACCAGCUGAACAAGCGGUACGGCCAGAUCUCGAAGGCGACCGUCGACCCGUUCACGGCGGUGCCCACCUACUCGCACAAGUUCCAGAAACCGCCGCGGACGCUGCCCGACCUCGCCUCGCGCCCUUUUGCCAAGGAGUUCUUCCCGCCCGAGCUGCACGCCACGCUAGACGGCGACGACGAGCCGAGCGGCUCGGCGGCCAAGCGGCGGCGGGUGGGCCCGAAGACGCUCGGGCUGUCGAGCAUCACGUCAUACAAGACGGCGGAGGAGGUCUUCCUUCCGGAUGCGCUGCAGCAGCGGCAGCCGCAGAAGGACCAAGCCGGCGGGGCAGACCUUAACAAGGCACUGCAGCUGCUCAAUACGGUGGAGAAGCGCCAGGAGGCCGGUGACGAGGAGGCCUUCCUGUCCGGGGAGGACGACGAUGACUGGGUGAAGAACAAUGGCGAGGACGACGAGGAUGCGCCCGCGGACGAGGACGAGCAGUACGAGGACGAGUCGGGCGACGACUACAACGCCGAGGCCUACUUCGACGGGAACCAAGAUGACGACGACUACGAUGAAGGCGGGGAUGACGGGGGCGAUUACUUCUAAUGUGGAGGGUGGCUAUGCGACUCGAUCAUAUAACUAACGAAUUAGUACUUUUGCAUUGGCUGGCGCAUGGAGGGAAUUUGGAAUAGACGCGAAUGGGAGGAGAAAACCUGGCCUGAUACGAAGGGGCACAUUGCAG